AUGGGCGCCAACAAUUCCAAGGUCCCUGAGUCGGUCUACCGGGAAUACCAACAAGACAUCGCCGAGCGGCUUCGGGCUCUUGAGCUUGAGCGGACCCCAGACGUCGCAGAGAAGGACUAUAUCUUGGUGGAAGACGAUGCCCCGCCGAGCUACACUCCAUACAAGCACGAUGUGUCCAUAUCAGCGACCGAGCAGUGGGAGAAGGAGCUCCUAGAGGACCCUAAGAACCGCCUCGCCCUCGCCGCCCUCUCCACCAACCCCGCAGCCUCCGUCCUCUCCUCCCGCGCCGCAAUAAUCCACGACAUCCAAUCCUUCAACAUUAAGAUCCCGCUCGAAGGCUCGCCCGUCACGAACCAGCGCUCCUCGGGACGAUGCUGGCUCUUCGCCUCCACAAACGUCUUCCGCGUCGCCAUCAUGAAGAAGUACGCGCUCUCCUCCUUCGAGCUGAGCCAGGCCUACCUCUUCUACUGGGACAAGCUCGAGAAGGCCAACUACUUCCUCGAGAACAUCCUCGACACCGUCGACGAGCCCCUUACGGGCCGGCUGCUGCAGGCGCUGCUGGCCUCGCCCGUGGGCGACGGGGGCCAGUGGGACAUGGUCGCCAACCUGGUACAGAAGUACGGCCUCGUGCCUCAAUCCCUCUACCCAGACAGCUUCAACGCCAUGAACUCCUCCGCCAUGGACCGCCUUAUUACAUCCAAGUUGCGGGAAUACGCUCUCCGGCUGCGCGCGCUCGCCUCAAAGAAGCAUCCCAGCGUUGCAGCAUCGCUCGCCGGUGCCAAAGAGAAAAUGUUGCGUGAAAUCCACCUCAUUCUGACGCUCAUGCUCGGGCCUCCGCCCAGCCCCUCCAAGGCCUUCACGUGGGAGUUCACGGACAAGGAGGGCCGCUUCCGCAGCGUGCAUACGCGGCCUACCGCCUUUGCGUCCUCGCUCUCUGACGCGACGACCGUGCGCGCCCUCGGCGGCACGGACGUGCAUAAGCUGUUUAGCCUCGUCAACGAUCCGCGGAAUGAGUAUGGCCGCCUGCUCAGCGUCUCGCGGCUCGGAAACGUAUGGAACGGGCGACCGAUCACGUAUGUUAAUGUUGAUAUGGAGACUAUGAAGAAAGCCGUCAUCGGCAUGCUGCGUCGCGGCUUGCCCGUCUUCUUCGGCUCCGAUGUCGGGAAGUACAGCGACUCGAGCAGGGGCAUCAUGGAUACGGCGCUCUUCGACUUCGAGCUCGGCUUCAAUGUCCGGCUUGGCAUGAACAAGGCGGAACGGCUCAUGACAGGCGAGAGUGCCAUGACGCAUGCGAUGGUGUUGACGGGGGUGCAUGUUGUUGAUGGCAAGCCCGUGCGAUGGAGGGUCGAGAACUCGUGGUCGGAGAGCGCGGGUACGAAAGGGUACUUCGUGAUGAGUGAUGAUUGGAUGGAUGAGUUCGUCUAUCAGGCGGUUGUUGAUCCCGCGUUUGUGGGUAAUGAGGUGCUGGAGGUGCUGAAGCAGAGCCCGAAGAUGCUGGAGCUGUGGGAUCCGAUGGGCGCGCUGGCGUAG